AUGAGCGUCACUCACUCUGAGAACUCUGACGGUCGGCAUACAUCCCAUGCUACGGGCGCAGCUCAACGGAAAGGAGCUAAGUUCUGGCUGAUUUUCGCCUCUCUUAGCGUCACCCUCUUCCUCAGCGCCCUUGACUUUACCGCUCUCGCGUCCGCGCUCCCGAUUAUUGUCCACGAGCUAGAUGGUUCGGAUUUCGCUUGGGCCGGCACUGCCUACGCACUCUCAUCCACAGCGUUCCUUCCGAUGAGCGGGGGCCUUACUCAAAUCGUAGGGAGAAGAAUUGCAUUUAUCAUAGCCCUGGCAUUCUUUGCUCUGGGAAGUGCUUUUUGCGGCGCAGCAAAGACUAUGGAUUGGUUGAUCGCCGCCCGAACUAUACAAGGGAUCGGCGGAGGAGCUAUUAUCUCACUCGCCAGUAUUGUCAUCAGCGACCUUGUCACUCUUCAAGAGCGGGGUACUUACAACGGCCUUCUUGGAAUGACAUGGGCUGUAGCGGUUGCCCUGGGCCCAAUAGUCGGUGGCUCUCUCGCGGAGAAAGGAGCCUGGCGUUGGUUGUUCUACUUCAAUCUUCCUGUUUGCGGGGUUUCGUUCGUUCUCGUUAUGUUCUUCAUGGCCCUUCCCACUCCAAAAGGAACACUGAAAGAGAAAUUCUUCGCAAUGGACUGGAUUGGAAACAUCCUCGUAAUUGCUAGCUCGAGCGCGCUGGUCAUUGCUCUUACAUGGGGUGGAGGACGUUAUCCCUGGAACACGGCCCAGGUCCUUGUUCCCCUGAUUCUUGGGGUACUUGGCCUUAUAGCAUGGUGGUUCUACGAGGUAAAAUACUCAUCACAUCCGACGGUGGCGCCUGAAUUACUUGGAAACCGAACUUCUGUCUCAGGUUACCUACAAGUCUUCUUCAACUCUUUGGGAGUUGUCGCGUGGGUCUACUAUAUGCCGGUGUACUUCCAGGCUUGCAAGGGCUCAGGACCUAUUCGCUCCGGAAUUGAGAUGUUUGGGGGUACAUUGAACAUUGGCCCCUUCGUUGUGUUCUCAGGGGUCAGUGUUACGGCCUUCAAGGUAUACAGACCACAACUAUGGUUUGGCUGGGUUCUGACUAUCGUCGGCGUCGCUGCCAUGAGCACACUGAAAGCGGACUCCCCCUUGAGCCAUGCAAUAGGGUUUUCUGUUCUCUCGUCAGGUGGCGCAGGAAUUAUCUUUGCUGCAACCUAUUUUCCAGUGUUGUCGCCUCUUCCGGUGACUUUGAAUGCCAGCGCUCUGGCCCUCUUUGCCUUUGUUCGCUCUCUUGCUCAGAUAUGGGGCAUCACGUUCGGCAGUGUGGCUCUAACCAACGAGUUAGCAAAGCGUCUUCCCAACCAGAUCGUUUCAGUUACAGCCGGAGGUAUCGAGAGAGUGUACGCGUUCAUACCAGCCAUCGGCACGCUAGACGAACCUCUGCGAGGCCAGGUCCGAACCGCGUUUGGGGAGAGUUUGCGCCCAGUCUGGUACAUGCUCUGCGGCAUCAUUGGGUUGGGGCUUCUUUCCUCACUCUUGAUGAAAGAUGUUCCCUUGCACAACUACGUCGACGAAAAGUGGAUGCUAGAUGAGAACAGGGACGAAGGAGUGCCUGCUACCACUGUGGAACUGAAGGGCCUCAAUGCCCACACUAACGAUGCUGCGUCUACAGCUUGA